ACUGCUGUGUUGACCUCCGCCACUGCAAUAAAUCAGAUCUUGUCGGUGCAUCUGAGGCGUCGAACACAGAUGGACCAGCAGGCCCAGUCCUAUAUGCUAGCCAGUCUGACCCGGCCUCACUCAGAGCAGCUGCUACAGGGCCUCCAGCUGCUUCGGCAGGACCACGAGCUAUGCGACAUCGUGCUGAGAGUGGGCGGGGCCAAGAUCCACGCCCACAAAGUCGUUCUCGCCAGCAUCAGUCCCUACUUCAAGGCCAUGUUCACAGGCAACCUGUCAGAGAAGGAGACUUCGGAGGUGGAGUUCCAGUGCAUCGAUGAGUCGGCAUUGCAGGCCAUUGUCGAGUACGCGUACACAGGCACGGUGUUCAUCUCACAGGAAACGGUGGAGUCUCUACUGCCUGCCGCUAACCUCCUACAGGUCAAACUCGUGCUGAAAGAGUGCUGUAGCUUUCUGGAGAGCCAGCUGGACGCUGGGAACUGCAUAGGCAUCUCCCGAUUCGCGGAGACUUACGGCUGCCACGACCUGUGCAUGGCGGCCACCAAGUUCAUCUGUCAGAACUUUGAGGAGGUGUGUCAGACCGAGGAGUUCUUUGAGCUCACCCGGGCGGAGCUGGACGAGAUCGUCUCCAACGACUGCCUGAACGUGGUGACGGAGGAGACCGUCUUCUACGCCCUGGAGUCCUGGAUCAAGUAUGACCUGACGGAGCGGCAGAAGUACCUGGCCCAGCUGCUCCACUGCGUCCGGCUGCCGCUCCUGAGCGUCAAGUUCCUCACGCGCCUUUACGAAGCCAACCACCUCAUCCGAGACGACCACGCCUGCAAGCACCUGCUCAACGAGGCCCUUAAGUACCAUUUCAUGCCGGAGCACCGCCUCUCCUACCAGACGGUCCUGUCCACGCGGCCGCGAUGCGCUCCUAAAGUUCUCCUCGCGGUGGGGGGCAAAGCUGGACUCUUUGCCACGCUAGAAAGCAUGGAGAUGUACUUCCCCCAGACGGACUCGUGGAUCGGCCUCGCUCCGCUCAGCGUCCCGCGCUACGAGUUCGGCGUGGCCGUGUUGGACCAGAAGCUGUACGUGGUGGGUGGCAUAGCCACGCACAUGCGGCAGGGCAUCAGCUACCGGCGGCACGAGAGCACGGUGGAGCGCUGGGACCCAGACAGCAACACGUGGUCCUCCGUGGAGCGCAUGGCUGAGUGUCGCAGCACCCUGGGCGUGGUGGUCCUGGCCGGGGAGCUGUACGCUCUCGGGGGCUACGACGGACAGUACUACCUGCAGUCGGUGGAGAAAUACGUCCCCAAGGUGAAGGAGUGGCAGCCGGUGGCCCCCAUGACCAAGUCGCGGAGCUGCUUCGCCACGGCCGUGCUGGACGGCAUGAUCUACGCCAUAGGGGGCUACGGCCCCGCCCAUAUGAACAGCGUGGAGCGAUACGACCCCAGCAAAGACUCUUGGGAGAUGGUCGCGCCCAUGGCAGACAAACGAAUAAACUUUGGGGUGGGUGUGAUGUUGGGGUUCAUAUUUGUGGUGGGCGGGCACAACGGUGUGUCCCAUCUCUCUAGUAUAGAGCGCUAUGAUCCUCACCAGAAUCAGUGGACGACCUGUCGGCCGAUGAGCGAACCGCGAACAGGGGUGGGCUCCGCGGUAGUGGACAACUACCUGUACGUGGUCGGAGGUCAUUCGGGGUCGUCGUACCUGAACACCGUCCAGCGAUAUGAUCCCAUUACAGACAGCUGGCUGGACUCCAGCGGAAUGAUGUACUGUCGCUGUAACUUUGGUCUGACUGCCCUUUGACCUUUGGGGAAUUUAGGAUGCACUUUGUAAGCAAAAGACAGGGACAAAAUAGUUUCGUUUUUUCGUUUCUUUUUUUCCCCCUCCCCUUCUUCUCGAGUCGCUUCCCCAAUUUCGUCCUUGGUUGGGAGGAGCGUAAGGCGCUCCCGUGCGGAGCGCAGGAACGAGCGGGAAGGAUGAACGUUUCGGAAAUCUUGUGGUGCGGCGGAGAGCGCCGACGCGGCCGGACCGAGAGCGUGACAGGUGGACGGGAACAGGUGUCUCUGGAACGUCAGCUGCAUAGGGGCCUCCACGACUGCUGUAUGUGUGUGAGGACUCCCAGGCAUUCGACAGAAGACAGUAAGGAGAAAGGAGAACUCUGUCAUUUGGUUUAUGGUCAAAUGAUGUUCUUA